AUGCCGACGGCUGCUUCCUCUCGUCAUCAAAUUGCCGGAUACGGUGGUCAUUUCUUCUUCUUCUUCUUCUUCUUCUUCUUCUUCUUCUUCUUCUUCAUCAUCAGCCUCAUUAUUCAUUUAUGGCGACAUCGUGAUGGCCGUCAUUGUCAUUCGCCAUUCAUUACAUUCCCAAUCCAUUUGACGCCUCUCCAUUCACAGCAAUUGUUUGUCAUUCCAUUUAGAAUAGCCGGGUCUAUAGUCUCCAUCACCAGAGGAAUAGCCGGGUCUAUAGUCUCCAUCACCAGAGGAAUAGCCGGGUCUAUAUUCUUCACCACCAGAGGAAUAGCCGGCUCUAUAGUCUUCACCUUCAAAGGAAUAGCCGGGUCUAUAGUCUCCAUCACCAGAGGAAUAGCCGGGUCUAUAGUCUCCAUCACCAGAGGAAUAGCCGGGUCUAUAUUCUUCACCACCAGAGGAAUAGCCGGCUCUAUAGUCUUCACCUUCAAAGGAAUAGCCGGGUCUAUAGUCUCCAUCACCAGAGGAAUAGCCGGGUCUAUACCUCUGGUUCAGUCUCUGAUUCAGUCUCUGGUUCAGUCUCUGAUUCAGUCUCUGGUUCAGUCUCUGGUUCAGUCUCUGAUUCAGUCUCUGGUUCAGUCUCUGAUUCAGUCUCUGGUUCAAUCUCUGAUUCAGCCUCUGGUUCAGCCUCUGGUUCAGUCUCUGAUUCAGUCUCUGGUUCAGUCUCUGAUUCAGCCUCUGGUUCAGCCUCUGGUUCAGUCUCUGGUUCAGUUUCUGGUUCAGUCUCUGAUUCAAUCUAUGGUUCAGUCUCUGAUUCAGUCACUGGUUCAGUCUCUGGUUCAGUAUCUGAUUCAGUCUCUGGUUCAGUCUCUGGUUCAGUCUCUGAUUCAGUCUCUGAUUCAGCCUCUGGUUCAGUCUCUGAUUCAGUCUCUGAUUCAGCCUCUGAUUCAGUCUCUGGUUCAGUCUCUGGUUCAGUCUCUGAUUCAGUCUCUGAUUCAGCCUCUGGUUCAGUCUCUGGUUCAGUCUCUGGUUCAGUAUCUGAUUCAGUCUCUGGUUCAGUCUCUGGUUCAGUCUCUAAUUCAGCCUCUGCCUCUGGUUCAGUCUCUGGUUCAGUCUCUGAUUCAGUCUCUGGUUCAGUCUCUGGUUCAGUCUCUGAUUCAGUCUCUGAUUCAACCUCUGAUUCAACCUCUGGUUCAGUCUCUGAUUCAGUCUCUGGUUCAGUCUCUGGUUCAGUCUCUGAUUCAGCCUCUGAUUGUCCGACGCGGGUGUAAUGUCACAUGUGAGCUACAGAUUGUCCGACCCGGGUGUAAUGUCCCAUGUGAGCUACAGAUUGUCCAACGAGGGUGUAAUGUCACGUGGGAACUACAGAUUGUCCGACCCGGGUGUAAUGUCCCAUGUGAGCUACAGAUUGUCCGACGAGGGUGUAAUGACACGUGGGAGCUACAGAUUGUCCGACCCGGGUGUAAUGUCCCAUGUGAACUACCGAUUGUCCGACCCGGGUGUAAUGUCCCAUGUGAGCUACCGAUUGUCCGACCCGGAUGUAAUGUCACGUGGGAGCUACAGAUUGUCCGACCCGGGUGUAAUGUCCCAUGUGAGCUACCGAUUGUCCGACCCGGAUGUAAUGUCACGUGGGAGCUACAGAUUGUCCGACCCGGGUGUAAUGUCACGUGGGAGCUACAGAUUGUCCGACCCGGGUGUAAUGUCACGUGGGAGCUACAGAUUGUCCGACCCGGGUGUAAUGUCCCACGUGGGAACUACCGAUUGUCCGACCGGGGUGUAAUGUCCCAUGAGCUACCGAUUGUCCGACCCGGAUGUAAUGUCACGUGGGAGCUACAGAUUGUCCGACGUAAUGUCCCAUGUGAGCUACCGAUUGUUCCAUGUCACGUGGGGAGCUACAGAUUGUCCGACCCAGUAAUUGUGGGAGCCGAUUGUCCGACCGGGUGUAAUGUCACGUGGGUCCCACAGAUUGUCCGACCCGGGUGUAAUGUCCCAUGUGAGCAGAUUGUCCGACGAGGGUGUAAUGUCACGUGUGAGCUACAGAUUGUCCGACCCGGGUGUAAUGUUCCAUGUGAGCUACAGAUUGUCCGACCGGGUGUAAUGCCACAUGGGAGGGUUCUCUUCAUACCGAUCUCAAUCGGUUCUUCUCUUUCUAAUCCUCUUUCUCUCUUUCCAUACUCUUUUCAUAACUCUCUUUCUAUCUCUAUUCAUUUCUGUCUCAAUGUCUCCCUACAAUAUAUCAGAUACAUAGCAGUAGCACCAGACCCUACGUGGUAUCUAUCUAUCUAUCUAUCUAUCUAUCUAUCUAUCUAUCUAUCUAUCUUCGUUGUUCUCAAUCUGCUCACCCCUCUCUGUUCGUAUCUAUCUAUCUAUCUUCGUUGUUCUCAAUCUGUUCACCCUUCUCUGUUCGUAUCUAUCUAUCUAUCUAUCUAUCUAUCUAUCUAUCUCAGUCUCUUCAUACCGAUCUCAAUCUGUUCAUCUCUCUCUCUCUCUCCCUCUCUCUAUCUCUCUCCUUUCAAACUCAGUCUUUUCAUAACUGCCUUUCUCUCUCUAUUCAUUUCUGUCUCAAUGUCUCCCAACAAUGUAUCAAGUAAUAUCUCUUCAUAA